AUGAAUCCACUUUCAAUUUUGCUAAACAAACGCACUCUAAAUGGUGAUAACUACUCUAAAUUGAAAAGAAACAUUAAUAUUGUCCUUAAUUAUGACAAGAUCACAUGGGUUCUUUCUGACCAUGAGCCUGAAGCACUGAUUCCCCAAUCAACUCCACAAGAUAUUGAAUAUCAUAAAAAGUGGCAUGAUGCAAACGAGAUAGCUAAAUGCUAUAUACUGGCCUCUAUGAACAGUAUAUUGCAAAAGCAGCAUGAAGGCAUGGAACUAAAUGGUGCUGAGAUAGAUGCAAAAACGCAAAUAUCAAUGAUUGUUCAUAGCUUGAAUUUGUCAUUUUCACAGUUCAUAUUGGAUUAUGAACUGCACACUAGGGAUUACACCCUAAAUGGGCUAAUGAAUGAUCUUCAAAAUGUGGAGGAGGUUCUUGAUUUAAAAAAGAAGCUUGAAGCACAUGCAAUUUCCACUUCUAAGCCUAAACCCAAGGGUAAAAAGAAGAUAGUUGGAAAUAAAAAGAUUUCUAAGGGCUCAGUGGGAGCAAAGAAAAAGCCCAUGAAGAAAAAGACUGCUUCAAAAGACAACACCAAAGGAAAAUGUUUCCAUUUGUGGUGUGAAAGGACAUUGGAAGCCAAAUUGCAAGGUCUACCUUGA